CUUUGUCUAAUGCAAGAAGGACAAGGAGGAGCAACAAGAGAGGCUGAGCUUAACGACACCCAAGUUCCAUUUGAGAAAGAUUAUUUUUAUAAAGAUGACACAGAGUUUCGUGCAGCCACCGCACAGAAAACUAAUGAGAAGCUUACACAAUCUCAUAGUAAUAAGAAUAUCAAAAUUAAGAGGAAGAAAAGAAGGGUUUAUAGGGAGUUCACCCUUGAUUGCACUAAGAAAGUAGGAAGUAAGAUCCCAGAGUACAAAGAUUUCCUUGACUCAAACCUCACAAAUCAUUUCUCGAAGCCUGUGUAUAAAUAAGCAACUCAAGAAGUUAAAUUUAAAGAAACCUCUGAGUAAAUAACAGUUGAGGAAAAAUGAAAUCCUACUUUGAUCAGGGCCGAUCAAGAGCAAAUAACAUCACUCCAAAGAAAAAUAAAAGUUCAUUGCAAGGUUAUAAUAAGCCUUCGUGAAGUUCCACAUUUGAUAACCAUGAUUCUAAAAUAGAAAAAUCCAGAAAGAUGAUGUUCUCUUCAAAGCUUUAUUCGAAAAAGGUUCGAAGGGAAGAAAAUAAGAGUAAUCACAGGUACCAAGCCACUAAGAUGAAGUUACCUUAUAUCAACCAGACCAACAGAGGAUCAGAUAGAUCCAAGAUUGCGUGGACUAGCAGUAAGUCUAGGGAACCGCCUAAGAGGUCUUAUCCUAAGAUCCACUUUCCAAAUAGUAGCACACAUAAGAGUGAUAGCAAGUUUGUACUCCUCAAGAAGAAGCAAGCAGAUCCGAAGAUAGUAUCAUUGAAGAGAGAGCAGUUUCAGGAAAUCCUUGAAAAAUAUAAAAAUAGUGCUAGCUCGAAGUUAAAGGUCUUAAAUAUGUCUCGCAGCAAUGAAGAAUUAUAGAUGAAGUAUGUGGUCAUUCAAAAUUCUGAGCAGUAUUUUCCUAUUAUGUUGUGAUUAUAAUAUGGUUG